AUGAGUUCGUCAUCCUCAAGAAGACAUAUUACAAGAAGUACCAACCCUAUACAUGGACGUAGUCAUAGAGAACCAUCAUCGGCAUCACAUUCUAAUAAUACACCUGAUGAACAAAUUUCUGACGAUAGCGUUAUAGAAUCAGACGACGAGUCAAUGGGAACAGUUGAAGGCUAUAAUAGUAAAGAAGAAAUAGCAUUAAAGAAAUCAGAAAUAGCAAGGAAAAGAAAGCAUCAGAGUAUACAACGAGCUGAACAAGACAAGAUGGAUACCAUCAAUAGAUUAUUAAAGAAACAAGCUACAAGAAAAAGAAAAGCAGACCAAGAUGAAAAUGAUAGUGCUAGCAACACUACUGCUUCUGCAACACUAACACUACCAUCAAAUUCAAUUCAUUAUGUUAAAUCUGUUGAUGGAUCAACUUUAUCAAUUCCAAUUGGUGUUGAGAUCCCCAUAAAAUUUGAAAAAGGUCCAAAGUAUCCUCCACCAAUUCCAUCAUGUUCAUUAUCUGGUUGUGAUAAACCUAAAAAAUAUCGUAAUGUAAAAAAAUUCGAAGAAUUUGCUUGUUCAAUGGAACAUUUGAAAUUAUUAAAGGAUCUUGCAGAAGGAUAUGUUGUCUUUGUAGUAGUAGUUGAUGAUGAUCUUUUUGGUCUACCAGGUUUUAAUUUAGAUUUUACAGCCGAGGAUGAUGAAGAUACUGAUGAAAUUCGUGAAUCAUGUAACACUGGUAUUUCUUUUUUAAGCAAUCUAUGA